ACGUCCCUCCCAGGCUCUCGAGGCUCGACGAUGACGGCCAACGGUAACGGCGUCGCGAACGGCUCGGCCAACGAAAAACUCGGUCCCAAAAAUGUCCCCACGGAGGAGGGCCGGAAGAAGGACGAGCUGCUGGACAAGCAUGAUAAGUACGAAUUUGGUGGACCAUGGGGCGUCACGGCUAUGAUGAUUGGCUUCCCCAUGCUCAUGUACUACCUCUGGAUCUGCCUGUGGUUCUACGACGGUCAAAUCGUGUACCCGCACUCGGUGGACGAGAUCAAGCCCUUCCUGCUUGAGAUGUGGGCUCACGUCCGUGACGAUGCAAGCCCGAACCUGUACGCCUGGAAGGUCUACAGCGGGCUCAUCGUGUACGAGCUCGUCCUAGCCUACUUCCUCCCCGGCUACUUGCAAGAAGGCCUCCCGGUCCCCUCGCUCGGCUACAAGACCCUCAUGUACAACUGCAACGCGCUCUCCUGCGUGUACACCACCAUCGUCACUGCCGCCUUCCUGCACUACUUCCACAUCUUCCGCCUCACCGAAAUCAUCGACAACUACGGGCACAUCAUGACCGUCGCCAUGAUCUGGGGCUUCGCGGUCUCGUUCGGGAUGUACUUUUGGACGAUCGCGCGCGGGGAGCAGAUCCGCAUGUCGGGGAACUUUAUCUACGAUGUGUUCAUGGGGGCGUGCCUCAACCCCAGGAUCGGGACGGUGGACUUGAAGAUGUGGGCGGAGGUCCGGAUUCCUUGGGUGAUCUGCUUCUUCUUGGCGGUCUCGGGUGCUUGCAAGCAGUAUGAGCAGUAUGGCUACGUUACCCCUAACAUGGCGUUCAUGUGCUUGGCAACAUGGUUGUAUCUCAAUGCCUGCGCCAAGGGUGAAGAGUGCAUCCCCCAGACGUGGGACAUGUUCCACGAAAAGUGGGGCUUCAUGGUCAUCUUCUGGAACUUCGCGGGCGUUCCCUUCACUUACGUCUACUCCGUGGUCUACAUGGCCUCCCACGAUCCGUCCAAGUACCGGUUCUCCACCCCGGCCUACGUCGUGCUCUACGCUACUCUGCUGACCGCUUAUUACAUCUUCGACACCGCGAUGUCGCAGAAGAGCCGGUUCAAGAUGCAGUGUCAGGGCAUCACGCAGUACCGCAAGACGUUCCCGCAGCUGCCGUGGAGCAUCGUGCAGAACCCGAAGUACAUCCAGACCGCUCAUGGGAAUAAGCUCUUGACUGACGGUUGGUGGGCGUAUGCGCGCAAGCCCAAUUACACCGCCGAUUGGGUGCAGAGCUUCACGUGGGGCCUCGUCGUCGGCACCGCCUCCCCUAUCCCGUAUUUCUACUCCGUCUUCUUCAUCACCGUGCUCAUCCACCGCUGCGGGCGCGACUUCGAGCGGUGCUCCAUCAAGUACGGCAAGGACUGGGACCGCUACUGCGAGGUUGUCAAGUAUAAAUUCAUACCCGGGAUUUACUAACCUGUUUAAUGCCUGAAGAGGAAAGUAGAAAGUAGAUUAGAGUCGACUGUAAGGGUCGCUAAUCAUUGAUGUUUGCUGCUGCGACCGGAUACCAAUAGGAUGGUGGUAUAAAUCAGAUGUCGUUAUCUUGAUAUUUUACUAGCGCAUAGCGAGAGUUUUGCUGGUA